UCCACCUUCGAAUGUCACCUGUUUACGUUUGUGAUGGCGGCUGUACAGUUAUGUAGUGUCCCUGAAUCUUUUUAAUUUAUAUCUAUGUGUUUACUGUGACGUCUGCAAAUCUGUGGGAGACGAAGAGACACUCUCUUUUGAGGGAUCUCCCCUGACUGCACAUCCUGAACCUCAAGGAGAAACUCUACGACAGAACGUCUUGACAGAUGAGAUGAGAUGUCCAACCUGGCAGAAAUGGCUGAGCCGACCACAAUAUUUACGUUUGUAAGACCAGCGAGAACAACAUUUGCGAGCACCGGUGAUGCAUCUCUCUGAACUCUCCCAGUUUCGGGUGCCGCACGGCAACAUGGACGGAAUCGGGGAUACGUACGAGGAGGGUAAACCUUCCUUCUGGAAAAAGAGUAGCAAGGCUGUCCCGGGACGCCCCAGCCCCAAACGCGACCUUAGAAGCAAUUCUUUCAAGAGCUCCUCAACAUCCACGUCGUUUCAAGACUUUCAAGAGAGUGUGAAUGAUGCCUGGGAUCUGGCUGAUGAUGACAUUUGUGGCUCAACUGGUGUCACCAUCUCCAGUCGAGUCUCACAAUCAGCUGCUUUGAGUGUCAUCAACAACCAUCGCAACACUGCUGGCAGUGAAGAGGAACGUUCAUCACAGCAACCCAUUUUAUCUGAGCAGAAAAAGACUGAAGCUAUCCAGCGCUUAGCCCUUCUGCAAAAUUCGCAAGCUACCCCUACUGUUAAUGCACAACAUACUCCUCAUCAUGCGCGUCAGUUCCCUGGACGACCCCAGCCUCUUCGUGGACUUCCAAGCUCCGGAUCUAGAGAAGGAGAGGAGUCGAGCAAAUUAGAGCGCUUCCAACCAUUACUCGAGAGCACUCUGCUUAAUUUAGAAGAUCUUCGCCAGUUGAGUUGGUCUGGAAUCCCUGUUAAAGUACGAGCCAUAACGUGGCGUCUUUUAUCUGGCUAUGUCCCAGCAAACUUAGAAAGACGUCAGCAAGUUUUGGAACAAAAGCGCCAAGACUACUGGAAUCUUGUAAAGCAGUAUUUCAACACUGACAGAGAUGAAGCAUAUGAAGAUACCUAUCGCCAGAUCCAUAUUGAUAUUCCAAGAAUGAGCCCUCUCAUCGCAUUAUUUCAACAGCAAACUGUGCAAGAAAUGUUUGAACGUAUUUUGUACAUUUGGGCUAUUCGCCACCCUGCUUCAGGGUAUGUUCAAGGAAUGAAUGAUCUUGUGACUCCAUUUUACAUUGUGUUCCUGCAAGAGGCUAUUCCUGCUGACAGUGACCUGGAUACUUUUAAUGUAUCACAGCUUACAAAAGAGCAAAGAGAUAUUAUUGAAGCAGAUUCAUUUUGGUGUUUGUCCAAAUUUCUUGAUGGUAUUCAAGAUAAUUACAUAUUUGCUCAGCUAGGCAUUCAAAGGAAAGUAAAUCAGCUGAAAGAACUUAUUCAGAGAAUAGACUCAGCUCUUCAUCGUCAUUUGCAACAGCAUGGAGUGGACUAUCUCCAGUUUUCUUUCAGGUGGAUGAACAAUUUACUGACAAGGGAGCUGCCUCUUUACUGUACUAUUCGUUUGUGGGACACUUAUUUGGCAGAGUCUGACGGAUUUGCUUCUUUCCAACUCUAUGUCUGUGCCGCUUUUCUCAUGCACUGGCGUCAGGAAUUGCUUCAGGAAAAAGACUUUCAAGGUCUCAUGUUAAUGCUGCAGAAUCUCCCAACUCAGCGGUGGACUGAUUCUGAAAUUAGUAUAGUUGUUGCAGAGGCUUAUCGUCUUAAGUUUACUUUUGCAGAUGCUCCAAACCAUCUGCAAAGUGGUGAUAGGUAAUGCUAAUGAACUGAUCUUCCAUGCCUCUGUUUUAGACUUUCAAUGAUGUGAUUGGCACUGUUAUUUUCUGCUCUAAAGAAUAUUUAUAGGGCCAGUCUUGAAUCAACCGUGAUGUGUCAUGGAUUGAGCCUAAUGUUACAAUUGGCAGGUCUUCUGCAUUUAAAAGAAAUAUUUACAGAUAAACUGUAAAUUUUGUUUUUUGGUUUGAUUAGAAUGUAUUUGUAGCUAUAAAUAUAUUAUAUAUAUGUUCACAUGGUUACAGUGAAGUCACAAGCAUAAUAUUUGGCUGUGGGUUGAUUUCAGAUUGUUUGCAGUGAUUUCAUUGAAACAGGAAGCUGUAAACUACAAAUAUUUAAAGGUUGUGCUUUUCUUCUUUAAAAUUAAAACAGCAAAAACAAAAAAAAAAAUCAUUAUUAAUGUUAUGCCAGGAUUAUGUCCUGCAACCUUGUGAUCUGAUGUCACAAAACGUCUUCUUUAUUUCUAUUGUUGUACUUCGUCCACCAAUGGAAGUUUGAUAUUGUUCUGUUUGUGAGAGCCAAUGUCAUGUGUUAUCUGUGAUAAGUUCAAACCAGCAUUGCGCAUCACAGUUAAUAUAUUUCAGAAUUUUUUAGUGUGAUUCAUUUAUUGUUGAUUAAAAACCACCAUGUCAGUGCCAGUUCAUAUAUCUCUGCAGACAUACAAUGUCAAAGUGAUACUUAAAGUACUACACAAAUGAGCUACUUGGAGAGCUGUCUUUUUUUGUGUUGCUCUCAUAUGUCUACUUACACUACCAUUGCCAAUGUCUCAUUUAUAUUUUAAUAUGUUUCUAAUGCAAGUGUGAAAAUAUGUUUCAUUUUCAACAUAUUUGUUAUUGUUAUCAUUUGUAUGUGCCACACAUGAUGGUUGUGUGAUUACAGCUGUGCCCUGAAUAUCACAUAAUACCUCUUGGUUGCUUCUCCUUGUAUCAUAUGAGUGUGGCUUGUGCAUAUUUGUGUUCAACUACACUAAUUUCAUCGCCAUCUGCUUAAGAACUGAGACAUUUAUUUGAAUAUUGUUUUAUUUGUUGUUGGGUAUUGUUAGAGUUGGACCAACAUGUAAAGGUACCAAUGUAUAAAGAAAUUCAUAUCGUCCUAGUGUAAUGAUUGUACAUAAAGACGAGCAUCGUUAUUACAUAAAUAAAUGAAGUUGCAGGAAUGAGGUUUUCAAUGUGUAUUUCUGCUUGGCCAAAUUUGGAUAUUUCAUUCGUUGGAAUAUACUACUCUGCCGUCAAUUGGAAAUUCUAUUACUUUCAUUCCUUAUAUGUCACAACUGAGCAGCCAAAAAAUCUUUCUAUGCCUAUUUCACAUUGUCAGAGCAAAAGAUGUCAAAACACCACAGAAAAUAAUAAUCUGGUACACUUGUGCCUUUCAAGGUAUGCAAUACAGUAUAGUAUGUGUGUUUAAAGUAUUAAACUGGUGAUAUUUUAAUACAGAUUAAUUAUUGGAAAGAUCA